AUGGUCGGGUCUUGGCCAGGGUCGCAAGCGCAUCUUAGUAGCAGGCGAUUCGCGAUGGCGACCACUCCACUCACCGCCAAGUACCCAGCGAAAGAUCAUGUCGUGAGGACAUUCAAAACAUUGACUUACUCCCUACAUCCCAGCCAACGCGAUAAGCCUCAAGUUAUCGUACUCGCUGGUUCCGAAACUCCUUGUCGUAAUGAUACGGAUCGGGAGCUUCCCUUUCGUCAAGAGUCCAACUUCUUCUACCUGUCAGGUUGUGCCGUUCCUGGAACAUCUUUCCUCGCAACAUACCACCCGGACAGUGCUACAGUAAGCACGAAGUUGUAUGUACCAAAAGCAACGCUCGAGGACCUCAUGUGGUCUCCCGCAUCACCAAGUCCUUCGGAGGCCCGUGCAGCCUACGAGGUCGAUGACGUUUUCUACAAAGUCGAGUUUGUCGAUCAUUUGAAGUCUCUUCCUGCCGAUGCUCUAGUUCACGUACUUCCACGCACGGGAGAAUUCCCGGACGUGCGUAGUUAUGUAGACAAAUCAUCACCGGGUCACCCACUGGGCAACAGCGGGAGUGCUGUCACGGAAGAGCAUCUCCUCCCAGCUCUGCACCAGACAAGGCUGAUCAAGGACGCCUUUGAGAUUGCUCUGAUCCGAAAAGCCAAUGAGAUUAGCUCUCGGGCGCAUGAGGUAGUAAUGCGAGUACUAGGACUGGCAGUCCAAGGAAAGAUUAAACAAGAUAACGGUCAUGGGAACAAACGUCCGCUAUUACCGGCUGAGUGGCUGAUCGAGACGGAAGCAGAGGCAGAAGCGGUUUUCGUGGCCUCGUGCAGGAGGGAGGGAGCAUUUCAUCAAGCAUACUUGCCAAUCGUUGCUGCUAACGACCGCGCUGCGACGCUUCACUACUGUUGCAAUGACAAAGCUUUUGCUUGGGGACCCGUUACGAACAGGCACGCCAACAACGGCGGACACCUUACCUCCAUGGUAUCUCAGCGGGAAUGUGGAAGUGUAUUGGCGCCCCAGGUCCUACUGAUCGACGCAGGGUGUGAAUGGGAGUGUUAUAGUUCCGACAUCACGCGCACGAUGCCAGUUGGUAAUGGAGGAAAGUUCACCACUGAGGCAAGAGCUAUUUAUGACCUUGUAUUGCAGAUGCAACAGGAGUCUCUCACCAUGCUUCGUCCCAGUGUGCAUUGGGACGAUGUUCAAUUGCGGUGCCAUGAAGUCCUAGUAGACGGUUUCCUCCGCCUGGGAAUCUUUCGCAAUGCUGAGACCUCGCAUGCGAACAUGAAGAGUCACGGUGAUCUCCGACACGAUAUCCUUACUUCUGGUCUUAGCGCAGCGUUCUUCCCACAUGGCGUCGGACACUCACUUGGGCUGGACGUACACGACGUGCCAAGUGCAAGCAAGCCCCAAAAGGCGGGAAAAUACUUUGUUCCAGGCUCAAUCGCGUCUGGCAGUUCUGGUGCUGGGGGACACGAGAGCUUCUACAAGUUCCUACGUUUACGCCUUCCGUUGUUGGCUGGCAUGGUCGUUACUGUUGAGCCGGGUAUUUACUUUUCUCCCCAUCUGCUCGGCCCUCAUAUGGAUUCUUGCUUCCUCGACAAAACCGUACUUGCACGGUACGAAAGUGUGGGCGGCAUCCGCAUUGAAGAUGAUGUACUCAUCACUGAAAAUGGGUCUGAGAAUCUCACGAUGGUCGGAAGCGAGACAGCGUGGAUCGAAGAGGUGUGCGCAGGAGAAGUGUGA